AUUAUUACAACAAAAAAAUUUGUAAAUAAAAUUUCUACUACUUUUUAAAUUUACUACUUUUUUCAUGUACAAUUUGCAAUAUGUACUAUACUUUUUACAAUGUGACGCAUUAAAGCACUGUCAGCGGCAAAUUAAUGAAAAAAAUUGAGACUAGUGACAAAAUUUGUGAUUGUGCGUGCAGAGUGUAAUGUAGUUGUUUUAAAUUGAAAAAAAAAAUAUUACUACUGCAAGGUGUAAAAUAUAAAAAAAAAUUUGCGCUACAACCAAAGCGUUUAACAAUUUUAAGCUGUAUUAAUAAUAAAAAAUACGCAUAGCGUGUAAAAAUAACCAAGCGUUGCCGCAGUGGUGCAGGAAAAUUAUAUACGUAUAUUCAACAGUGGCGCCACUUCUAAGAGGGCACCAUCAACUUCCACUAUUAUUUUAUUAGGGGAUGCCUGGCUGCUAGUGGCGGCAGUGCGACAAUAACCGACCAUGCCAGCUACUAUCUUGUAAAGAAAAAGUAACAGAAGCAAACAUAUAAAACACACAAGCUAAUUGUACCGAUUACCUGCUGAAUUGUAUUAGUAGUAUUAUGGGGCCGGUCACAGAGUCACAAAAACAACAACAUGACUAUACGCAAAAAGUCAAUGAAAUGCAAAAAUUGUUGCCCUAUUUGGAACAACGUAUUACAAAUACAAUAUUACUUGAAGAAAGCGCCGAAGAACUACAGAAAAUGAAAAUACUACAGCGAGUAUUAUGUGGGCAAGAAGCUGUAGAUGACAGUUUGACACUUGAAGAGCUGGAUAAAUAUGCAGUGUUACUACACAACGAUAUAACAAAGGCAUUGGCGUCCACGCCGACGCCGCAACUGACGACAACAGCGUCGUUUGAUAGUAACAGUCAUGAUGAUAAGUUCAUCACUUUGAGCCAGGCAGAGAAAUGUGGGCAUAAUAAUGAGAACAAUACGGCCUGUAAGGAAAGUUCAGAGACUUCAAAGCGCACUAGUUCCGACACAACUACAAAGGAAGUUGAAAAUAAAGCGCCAGUGAAUGAAGAAAAUUUAAUUCAAGCUCAGGAAAAUUUUAAAAUAAAUAAUGAAGCAACCGGCAAGAAGAAUAAGAGCUCCGAAGCCUUUGAUACAGUUAACAAAAAUAUUGAAAAUACUGACGAAACGUUACAAAACAAAUAUAAAAGUAAAUCCAAAAUUUUUAAUGAAGACGCUGUAGCACUCGAGCAGCCAAUAAAAAUAAAUGCGUCAGAAAGUGCUGAUUUGACAAAUGAUUGCGCGAAAUUCGAUGAAACUGGCGAAAACACAUUAGUUAAUAAGAAGGAAAACGAAGCUUUGAAGCCUAAAGCUAUUAGUGAAUUAGAAACCUCCGACGCAUUUAAUAAAGUUAAGGAAACCGAUAAGGAAAGUGAAGAAAACCAAAUUCAAACGGAACACAAGAAACUUAUAACGGAAGAUGUUGAAGAAUUGGAAUAUGAAGGUAUUGAAUUAAUCAAAAUUCCCGAAGAAACUGUAGAAGAUGAAAUGAUUUUACCGGACUCAGUGGAUGAAGGAGAAUAUGUGGCACACAAUAGUGAUGACGAGGAAGAUAAAGAAAGUAAGCACGCCGAGGAGGUGGGUAUUGAGGAAGAAGAAGAUGAAGAGGAACUUAUCAACUGUGGCGAUAAAAACACUGCCGACAAAAUUCAAGACGAAAGCAAGACGAAUACAAUGCAAGUUGGCAAGAGUAAAAAUAACGUUAGGGAAGAUUCGCAGGAACCACUUGAAAAAGAAAACGAAGAUAGUACAUGUGAAGAAGCGUGUAUGGCACAACCACAAGUCGAGGAAAGCAGCGAUGCGCCCACAUGUAGCAUAGAGGAAAAUAACUCUUCACAUGUAGAGUUCGCUAUAGAAAUGCACACCCAGAUAGAUAAUGCGCCAGAUUUGGAAGAAACAACGCAUAUUGACGAUCCACUUGGCCAAGUGGACAGCACGCUAGAAGCGGUAAGUCUGCAAAUUAGUGCGAGAACUGAGACAACGUCUACUCUAAAUAGUGUGGAAGUUACACAAACACUUUUGGCCGCCGUUAAUAAUGCGUCCACAGCACCUGGUGACAAUGAUGAUGACGAUGUGGAAAUCAUUGAAUCACGCAAUUCGCCUAUUUGUUUGGAUACAGACGAUGAAGAUGAGGCGCAAGUGGGUAAGAUGUCUGUCAACACAAGACCGGAUACAACUAUAACUCGAACGUUUACUAAUAAGAAAAAUACUGGAAAAGAAAAACGCUUUCAAGGCAACAACACCAGUUCACAAUUGGCUGCCACAAGCAGAAUUAAAACAACUAAAUCGAUAACAGAGACGAUAAAUCUGCUCGACAGUUCCGAUGAGGAUGAGGUAAACAGCAGCAAUGCAACAAAUCGACGCACCAAUCGUCGUAUCGUCGCACCAACAGUCACCAGAUCAUUGGUUAAAAUACCGGCGAUUACUGUAGGCAAAAAGCGCACACUGUUGCCAACGUCGCAUCCGCUAAAAGUAAGUCAAGUUGCUGCACGUGGUUCGACAACUUCAACUGGUCGCGCAUUGUCCGCCAAUACAACCGCAUCUGCUGGCGUUGUGCAAAAGACACCCAGGAGUGUGUUACUUUUUCCGCCUAGUUUCAAGCCUACACCGCAGUCAAACUUUUUAAAUGCAGUAAAUUUACUGCCGGCCGCUGCCACCACAGGCGAUAAUCCGCCCGCUUUCGCCGCAACACUUUCAAACAAAAAUAUCAUCAUACCGAAUGCUUUCUAUGCCAACCGACGCACCACUAACACUAAGGAAGAAGCGGAUGACGCAACUACCCAGGGGACUUCGUCGACAUCCAAAUGUGCUAAAACGUCGCCAAUACUGAUUACACAACAACUUGGACGCAGAGUAUAUCGUGAAUGGUUAGAAGAAUUCAUCGAGAAUUUUGCCGACCCGCAACAGAUCGUUUCACACUCGUGCCUGGUGCUACUGCAGAGUGCACUUAAAUACAAGAUAUUUCUGCGCAUCAAAGACCUGCGCAGUGCGCUUAAUAACAAAGCCUACACAUCCAAUGGCACUGCGGACGCGCAGCUUAGGCGUGAAUUGUACAAUGCGUUUUAUUUGAAUGACUGUCGAUUGUCGGGUGAAGGUAUGCGUUUUUGCACGGAGGCCUGUACACAAAUUGGCAACAAUGUCACAUUAAUGACAGAUGCGCGUACCGGUCGUAUAACAUUGCGCACGAGCUCCUAUGAAGAGCUGUUGGCCAAAUAUGGCGGUACCAAUGACGUGAUCGAUGAUAAGAAGAAACGAAAUAAAUAUGAUGAGGAAUACACACCAGCUAAAUACUACGAGAAAAAAGUGGAAGAAAGCAAUGUUGGUCAGGGAGAACGACGCAAAUCGCUUCGUCAACAUCGUACACGUUGUUAUGAUGAAACCUUUUUGUAUGAGCCAGAGGAAGCGGAUGAUGACGAAACGCCUACCGCUGAGAAGAAAGCUGCCACUGACAAACGAAGACAAGAUGAGCAGAUGAUGGCUUUGGUGCAGCGUAAGGCAGAAGAGAAACGUCUGGAAGCAAAGCGACAACGUGAGCAACAAGUCAAAUCCUUUGAAAGUGCCUACUUAGAAAUGUUUGCCAAAUCAUUGUGUGGAAAAAAUGGAAAAACUGCAGCUGUUAUGACUACAAAUAGUAGCGGUGGUUCGACGCAAAGUCGCAGUAAAAAUGUGUUCACUGAUGUCACCGCUACCUCUACCAAUAGUCAAAUUGUCAUCGACGACGACGAUGAACAGGGUCUUGACGAUGACGAACCACGUUCACAUCGCAUCUACAAAGUAGUGCCAACACGUUUGUUAGCCGCACCAAAGCGUACGGAAAGAGCCACUAUCGUCAUUGAAGAUGAAGAUGCGCCCCGACCGAAACGUGGUCGGCCGCGUAAGCAGGAUCUCAGCAAUGUAAAAAUACAACCAAAGCAAAGCGAUCCAGAGCUGAUUACAUGUGAUAGCACAUCUGGUGAUUCGACUAGCAUUGACGAUGAGCUACUAAUUCAGCCGGAUGAAAAUGUGCCUAAGAAUAUUGACGUUAAUUGGCAUGCUGGCAGUGAUUGGUGUAAGAUUUGUAAUAAGCGCAUUCCACGCACAGUGUCGCACUACGUCAAUGAACAUCCGGAUUGUGAAGUUUAUAUUUCGCGUCUACCUAAAGCAGUUUUGACGCGCGUACGUAAACAGGGCGGCCAAAUUUUGGAGAUGCGUCCCUACAUGAAUGGCCAGGAACAAUAUGCAGCAGAAUGUGUGUUUUGCAAUAAGACAUGCUGCUUCAAGAUACCAUAUUGGUAUCAGCAUUAUUCGAUGCAUACUGGCGAAUACGCUUUUCGUUGCAGUGGCUGCAAUACACGCAAAACAACACGUUCGGCAAUGAUGGCGCACAUAAAUCAACCUUGUCGAAAACGUGGAAAACUACUCGAAGACUAUAUAUAUAAUGCGCGCGCUAGACAAAUUGAAAUGCGCGUCUGUAAGAUAUGUAAUUAUAUGCAGUUAAAUCGUCGCAAUGUGAUGAAACAUUUACGCACUCAGCAUGGUCUUACGCCGUUGCCGGCAAAACAUAUCGAUAGUAUAAUUUUACUGCGCCUGCCUGAGACAGAAAUGCACAAAGUUCAGGUAGAGAAUGAAGCGAUGGAUCUGAGUAGCGGCGGCGAUGAAAACAGUAGUCAAAUGGCAAUGACUUUUAAUUACGAUAAUUUCAACGAAGCGAACCAGACCGGGUUUUGGGACGACGGCGAUCCAACGGAUGACUUGUCCUAUAUGAUUUGCGGUAUGCUAGACGUGGAGCUGAAGCAUAGUGGCGAAUAAACACUGAAGGUUACAAACAUUAUUUUCUCAUAUCAAGACCUUCUCACGUUCUCGUUAAUAUAUAUAUAUAUAUAUAUAUGUAUAUGGCCAUAUGCCAUUGAAUUUUUAAUUUCCAAUUGGAUUUUUAGUUUACUUAAAAUUUUUCAUUUCUUAAAUUAGUUUUCUUUAUCUACCAUUGUUAGUUUGUAGAUUAAAAUAUCUACAGAGAAUUAAACAUAUAGAAUUUAGGGUACUUUAACUUCCAAAAGUAGCAUUACAUUAUAAUAUUUCGUUUUUUUCCUAUGGUUAAACAACCCAAAUAUUAAACAAGUAAAAAUUACUGUUCGAAUGAUUUAAGUUUAAAAAAUAAAUGAAAUAUGUGUGGCUUAUUUUAAGCUUAAUAAAUAUUAACAAAUAUCUUUUAAUAAUAGUGGUUUAAAAAUAAACUUAAAAACAUUUUCUUGGCAUUUGCUCUGUAAUAACUAGUCGUCUACUGAAAACUACUCGAAGUCUACGUCAAUUUCCUAUUCAAAUUUCUCUACAUUACAUAUGCAUUGGUGAUGCAUAAAAAAAAACAAUAUUCAAGUAACAGUAAUUCUUUAACACUUACCCUCUACUUGUAAUCCAAA